AUGGCAGGAGCCGGCUGUAACAUUAUUCUGGUCACCGGCAACGGAGUCAAACACGAGGAGGAGGAGUACGCGGAGGACUGCUAUUAUUCCACCUCCACUAACUGCUCGGACACCACCUCGAACGACUCGGAUAUUGAUUUCUCCGAUUUGGAGGAGGAGGAGCGCACCAGUUUUUUCAGCUUUGAAGAGGACUUGGACGAAGACUGCACUUCUCCAGACUUCUGGGGUGAGCCGGACCAGGUCAUCUCCAUAGAGCCGUUCACUGCCGUCAGCGGCCCGCAGCAUUCACUCGGGGACGAUGCUGACACCCGCGACUAUUUCCGGAUACUCUUCCCAGAUUCUCUUUUUGAACACAUGGUAGAACAAACAAACAACUACGCCCUCUAUCGGCAGAGGAGGAGUGGAAAAUCAGACCCCAACUGGCACCCCACUGAUCUGAGAGAGAUGAAAGCCUAUGUGGGCCUGAACAUACUGAUGGGCAUCAAUCAGCUGCCGGACUCUGGCAUGUACUGGGCCAGUGACAUUUUCAUCGGCAACGCGGGCUUUAAAAAAACAAUGACUGCCAGGCGUUUCGAAAAGCUCACCCAGUAUCUGCAGCUGUGCGACCGUGAGUCUGAGCCCGUGCGCGGCGAGCGCGGGUACGAUGGCCUGUUUAAAAUUCGGCCUCUCCUCGACGUGGUGGACAACACCAUGUGGGAUGCGUACGUGCCCAAUCGCUGCUUGACCGUUGACAAGUGUGCCAUUGCCGUGAAGGGACGUUUCUCUCCUACCCAGUACAUGCCCUCCAAGCCCUUAAAGAAGGGCCUGACGGUGUGGAUGCUGUGUGAUUCGCGGUCAGGCUACUGCCACCGGGCCCGGAUUCAUGUGGGCAAGCCCAGCGAGGAUGCGGCGGCAGCUGCUCUGGGUUACAGGGUCGUGACCUCCCUCGUGCGUGGCCUGGAAGGCCAGUACCACCACCUUUUCAUGGACAGCCUCUUCACCUCUGUCCCCCUCCUUCAGAGGUUGCUAAGGGACGGAUUGUAUGCCUGUGGUCCCACCCAGCCGGGUCGCAAAGGCUACCCGGAGAUUCUCCGCCCACGCAACGUUGGCAAGCUUUCCCCGGGUGAGUUCUACCAGUGCCAGCGGGGCAACCUGGUUGCCACGGUGACACGUGACCUCAAGGUGGUCAGCUGUCUGUCCACCAAUUCGGCGCCGGGGAUUCUGGGGAUCAGCCCGGGGCGACAGCAGCGUGCAACCGAUGAGGAGGACGACAGCGACGGUGCGGAUAGCGUGGGAGGUAGCGGUUCGUCGUUCGGCGUGCCGCGGCCCCUUCCCCUGUUGCUGUACCAGGAGAACAUGAGGGGCGUGGACCUGUGUGACCAGCUGAGGGAGUGCUACCAGGUGGGCCGGCCAUGCAAGAGGUGGUGGCGCUACUUCCUGUGGUUCUACGUCAACCUGUGCAUCGUCAACGCCUAUGUCCUGCUGAGGGAGAGCCGCGGGGGCACGCCGCCGGCGGGCUUCAACGGCAAACAGUUCACCCAGCGCCACUUCCGAGUGCGGCUGGCACAGCAGCUGAUCGGGGACUACCAGGGGGCGAGAGGCAUGGAGCGGGCCGCUCGCAAGAGACAUGCAGACUCGCCUAUAGAGUAUGGACACCGCUUGGAGCGCAUGUCGGAGCGCUCUCGCCGCUGCAGAAAUUGCACCAAUAAGGGACUGCGACAUGAGAGUGUGUUCGGCUGCAAGAUAUGCAACGUCCACCUAUGCAGAGGAGGCUGUUUCUCUGAGUUUCAUAAAUGA